AUGGUACGCGGAUCGCAACGAAUUGAGUGCUCCUCUGUGAUCAGGGCUCUCUACGGUACGCCAACCAAAGCAACUGCUGCCCUUCUCAGCGUCGACGGCAGUACCCUAUUCACUGGAAAGACAAAUUCGGAAGCGACGGACCGAACACUUCCGGGACGUCCUCAACCGUCCCUCCAUAAUCUCCGACGCCGCUAUCGCCCGUCUGCCUCAUGUGGAGGCCAACGCCGACCUCGACCUCUCGCUCUCUCUCUCCAUGAAACCAUCAGGAACGUGCAGCAGCUCUCCAGUGGGAAAGCGCCCAGAUUGGACGCGAUCCCUGCUGAGCCCUACAAGCACGAUGGCCCCCGGCCCAUGGAUGAUCUGAUGGCCCUAUUCCAGGAGAUUUGGCGUCAAGAAGACCUGCAGGAUUUUAAGGACGCCACAAUCGUCCAUCUCUAG